CUGGCGGCCCGCGCGGCGGUGCGAGCGAUGGAGGUUCUUCCCGCGGGCGGGACGCAGGAGCCGCUGCUGCAAGCUGAGGCGGCGGCGGAGCACUCGGCAGCCGAGGGCGACGAGGAGCCGCAGCCCCACGGCCGCACGAGCCGCACGGCGUCCCUAGUGAGCGGGCUGCUCAUCGAGCUCUACAGCUGCACCGAGGAGGAUGAGGUGGCAGCCGGCGGGGACCGUGCGUCCCGGAGUCGCCCCCCGCGCAGCGACAGCCUGGAUAGUUCCACCGAGACCUCGGGUUCCGACGUAUUCCUGGGAGGUCGCGGUGUGGGCGACUCCCGAGUGCUGCAGGAGCUGCGGGAGCGGCCGAGCCUGCGGCUCCAGAUGCAGUACCUGCGGCAGAAAGACUCUAGUGAGCUGAGGACAAUCCUUCGCGAGCUGAAGUACAGGAUUGGCAUCCAGUCGGCGAAGCUACUCCGGCAGCUGAAGCAGAAAGACAGACUUCUGCAUAAAGUUCAGAAGAACUGCGACAUUGUGACCGCCUGCUUGCAGGCUGUGUCGCAGAAGAGAAGAGCUGACACAAAAUUGAAGUUCACACUUGAGCCAUCUUUAGGCCAAAAUGGGUUUCAGCAGUGGUAUGAUGCUCUCAAGGCAGUUGCCAGACUGUCAACAGGGAUCCCAAAGGAGUGGAGGAGAAAGGUCUGGCUGACCUUGGCGGAUCAUUAUCUGCACAGUAUUGCCAUCGACUGGGACAAAACCAUGCGCUUCACUUUCAAUGAGAGAAGCAAUCCCGAUGAUGACUUAAUGGGGAUCCAGAUCGUCAAGGAUCUGCACCGCACGGGCUGUAGCUCCUACUGCGGCCAGGAGGCCGAGCAGGACAGGGUGGUCCUGAAGCGGGUGCUGCUGGCGUACGCCCGGUGGAACAAGAAUGUCGGGUACUGCCAAGGCUUCAACAUCCUAGCUGCUCUGAUUCUGGAAGUGAUGGAGGGCAAUGAAGGGGAUGCCCUGAAAAUUAUGAUUUACCUGAUUGACAAGGUACUUCCCGAGAGCUACUUUGUCAAUAACCUUCGGGCACUGUCCGUGGACAUGGCUGUCUUCAGAGACCUCUUGAGAAUGAAGCUCCCUGAGCUGUCUCAGCACCUUGAUGCUCUUCAGAGAACGGCAAACAAAGAGAGCGGAGGUGGCUAUGAGCCCCCGCUCACCAACGUCUUCACGAUGCAGUGGUUUCUCACUCUCUUUGCCACGUGCCUCCCUAACCACACGGUUUUGAAGAUCUGGGACUCAGUCUUCUUUGAAGGCUCAGAGGUCAUCCUGAGGGUGUCGCUGGCGAUCUGGGCAAAGCUGGGAGAGCAGAUAGAGUGUUGUGAAACCGCAGAUGAGUUCUACAGCACCAUGGGGCGUCUUACCCAGGAGAUGCUGGAAAACGACCUCCUGCAGAGCCAGGAACUCAUGCAGACUGUUUAUUCGAUGGCUCCGUUCCCUUUCCCACAGCUGGCGGAGCUGAGGGAAAAGUAUACCUACAACAUCACACCAUUCCCAGUCACAGUGAAGCCCAUGUCAGUUUCCCGGCGACAUGGUGAGGCCAGAGACAGUGACGAGGAGCAUGAACCCGAUGACGAGGAUGCCGUUGCUAGCGCCGUAGGAUGCCUUGGGCCUCUCAGUGGGUUCCUGGCACCUGAACUGCAAAAGUACCAAAAGCAGAUUAAAGAAGCGAGCGAGGAACAGAGCCUGAGGUCCAACAACAUUGCGGAGCUGAGCCCGGGAGCCAUCAAUUCCUGUCGAAGUGAAUACCAUGCGGCCUUCAACAGUAUGAUGAUGGAGCGCAUGACCACAGACAUCAACGCCCUGAAGCGGCAGUACUCUCGCAUCAAGAAGAAGCAGCAGCAGCAGCUCCACCAGGUGUACAUAAGGGCAGGGUGUAAAGAAGAUAAGGACCUUGGGUUCUUUUUAGGCCCCAAGGAACAGGCCGUGGAUGACAAAGGCCCAGUCACCAGCAUCCUCCCAUCCCAGGUAAACAAUUCUCCAGUGAUAAAUCACCUUCUGCUAGGGAAAAAGAUGAAAAUUACAAACAGAGCCACCAAGAAUGCAGUCAUCCACAUCCCUGGCCAUGCAGGAGGUAAAAUGUCUCCUGUCCCCUACGAAGACCUCAAGACCAAGCUCAACUCUCCUUGGCGGACUCACAUCAGAGCCCACAAAAAGAACAUGCCACGGACCAAGAGUCAUCUGGGCUGUGGGGACACCGAAGGGCUGAUUGAGGAGCAGAAUGAAGGCUGUAGGGCCAGCGGCCUGGGGGCAGCUGAGGAGUUUCCCUCGAGCUGUGCAGCCACAGCUCGUGGUGAGGGCAGCAGCUGUGCUGGUGGCACUCCGAGGACAAUCGAAGGGCAGUCUCCCGAGCCAGUAUUUGGGGAUGCCGAUGUUGUCGAUGUGGCUGCAGUGCAGGUGAAAUUAGAAGCCUUGGAACUGAACCAAAGGGAUGCCCCUGCCGAGACUGAGCCCAAGGCGCACCUUCCCUGCCAGCAGCAUGCCCCAGAGUCAGCGGGUGGCCCCGGGGAACACCAGGCUCCCAGCAAUCCUCUCCCUGUCAGCAACUCAAAAGCCCCGAUCUUCAGCCCUUUUCCUAGCGUCAAGCCGCUUCGAAAGUCAGCCACGGCCAGGAAUUUGGGGUUGUACGGCCCCACAGAAAGAACCCCAACCAUGCACUUCCCUCAGAUCAGCAGGAGCUUCAAUAAGUCGGCCACUGGGAGCAGCAGCACUAAGAAGCGAUGACGCCUCCCGGUGGCUCAGCGUCUGACCUCGCGUGGCAUGCCGUCGUUAGCAUGCCAGCCACACCCUUCCUGUUCUGUUUGUCCAGUGAGAACGAAUCGAGAGGCUAGGAGCCGAGCACCGACUGCCCGUCAAAGUGGGAACUGGAAGUGUCAUGGUGGGAACCAGGGCAGGGGCUUUUCCUACCCGCUAGGUAGCUGGGAAAGUGGAUUCUUGUGACUGAAUAAAUUGUGUGCUUCUCAAGUGUGGAGUUUCCCCAAUUUUCCUUGUGAACUCUUUAGAAAAGACAAUAUGUAGACUGUUAAGCCCUCUUCCGGCCUUCUCAGGGCCUUUUUGGGAUCUCUGAAAACAACAACACGUCCCCCUGGCCUUCCUGUCCUCUGGGCAUCACUAAUCCUCCAGCAUGAACGAACACACCAGCUUGCUAGAACUGAAACUGUACAAAUAAGUUUCUUAGUUGCAAAAGAAAAAAAAAAGCUGUCCUGAUGUUUCUCUUUCCGCUCUGCCGGAGAGGGGAGGAAUUUGUGUGUGUGUGAUGAGUGUGCGUGCGUGCAUGUGUGUGUGCGCUUUAAUACCUGUCUUCAGAUUGUUUUUUAUUCUUACGCUAAAGCAGAAAAAUCAAGAUAGUCUUUCUUUAACUUUCUACUUCUACCCGUGAAAAGAAAACCUUCACAUCAGUUGACACUGACGUUAAUAACCAAACUGAAGAGCAUACGCAGAGACACUCAUUGGCUAUGCAUUAAGUAGCUGCUCCAAACCGCUUGCCGAUUCCAACCUUUCCUGAGACUUCUUUUCUUCUGGCGAGGACUCGGCGAGCUCUCUGUGGAAGACGCAGUUCCUACGCCUCCCAACCCUCUCUCCACGACAGAUGUGCAAUGCCUUGCCCACAAGCAGAACACAGCACCCAUGACUCUGUUACUUGAAUUUUGUGCUGUUGGGUUAGACUACUCUUUGUUACUUGAACACUGCCUUUCCCUGGAGCAGGCCCCAGCUCUUUGUGUUCCUCUCUCUCAUUCCCUCCCACCCUGGUCCCAGCAGGUCAGAGGUAGCUCCUCUUUGUCUCCACUAUGCAGUUGGGAACUCUGUGCCACACACAUGAAGUGGCGCUUCAAUUACUCCAGGUAAAUAAUCCAGUGUGUCUGUCAUAGGACCUCACCCUGUUUCUUCUCGUACGAUAAGCUGGCUUGCUGCUCUUUGUCCGCGUGCGUUGGUGACAGCUGAUCCGAGCCAAGACUAGGAAGCCAUUCCCUGCACAGCCUCCCGACUCUAAGGCGCUCUCUCCAAGGCGUAGAGGCCUGGGAUGGUGUUUACAGAACGGGCUGCGAAACCUCCUCCUCAUGAAAAUUUAGUUCUUUCUCCAAAUGCUUCGUGCACCUCUCCCUUGGCUGAAUGAAGGGUUUUCCGCUCUGUCGCCACCGUCAUUAGCAGAAUAGAGAGACACCCUGACCUUCAUCUCUGGAAGGCUUUGGCAGGUUUUUCAGGAAUACUGUCGAAGCCGCCAGUGUUCAUUUGAGCAAGUCGGUUCGCUAAUUCUGAAGCCAGAGCUGGUUUCAGAGAGAGCUUUUACAAUGAGAGGUACUCAGUUUUUUUUUUUUUUUUUUUUUUUUUUUUUAAAUAAGUCAGUGGAAUUGUGUGGGCACUUUUGAAUGAAAAGCCUCUACAGGAAUGUCACAUUUCAUGCCCUGUGUGGUGUUUUUGCCCCAAAGGACCCGGGGAUAGAAUGCAAGGCUAAUAAGUUGUUAUACUUUGGGCCUGGAGUUCUGUCUGAAGUUAGCAGGCAGCUUCUCAACAGACAGCCAUGUUCUUCCUAGGCCUGGGGAAGGAUUUCGGUGGGUGGGGGACUUACUAGUUUUCUAAAGCUAAGCACAAAAAAGGAUUCCUGCUGUCUGCUAAACUUCAGAUAACAACUUUUAGCCUCACUAGCGUCUUUUCUCAAUUAAGUUCCCCCACCCAGCCUGUUUGACUUAAAUAGAAAAUUGUCCCCUCUCUGCCAGGCCCUGGCUCCCCAAGAGUCUGGGUGUUGGGGGGGAGGUGGGUAGUCAGGUGGGGCUGCUCUACUGACUUCUGUCAAAAUUCUCCUCUCACCUAUGUCUUGAGAAAGGGACCUACACAGGGCAUGGGCUGAGUGUCGGUUGAAGGGAUAGUUGAGAGGGAAUUUUUUUUUUUCAGUUAAAAUGACCAUGUCAAUUUAGAAAACUCAACAGAUUCCUAUUAAAGCUCUCUGUACCAAUAUCAUGCAUGCACAGUACCAAGUAAUCACAACAUGAACCGGUCGACUUCUGAGCCUUGCUGUUUAGGACAAGAACUCUGCCACAGCCUCGCCCACACAGCAUGUGCAAAGGCCUGUUUGGACUCACCGUCUUCCCCAUGUACUGGACACUUUGCAAACACCAGAAGAACUUAACUGCAGGAGUUUAUUUCCACACCUGCCUGUACCCUCUCAGCACUUUUUGGGGGAGUGAACCCUGCACCUCAGUCCUCUCUAAAAACCUCUAGAUCUACACCUAGUUUGUAAUGUCUACCUAUGGCUGUAACUGUUAGGAACAAUAACAAUGUUCUCCUUUUCUCUCAUCUCGUUCUGAAGAACUGUACUGAUGACAAAGAUAAAUGCAUAAAGUUUCUCACGGCUGUCGUGGUGGUGUGGUUUUCUGUCCGGGUGCAUGCGGGAGAAGGGCUGUGACAUUUCUCAUCUGUCACCGCUUUCUCUCCUGUGUGCCGCUUGGUCAUAGGAAUCAGGGCAUCGGCUCCAUUUUCCCCAUUCUUAUCACUGGAUCCCAGGGUUCCCUGUUGCUUGCCCAGGACAGGGCAGAAGAGCAGGUUCCUGAGAAGUAGGCAGAUGAGGACGGCAGGGAGGGAGAGAGAAUACAUGUAUAUGAAGUAUACAUACAUUGAUGUUUAGAUCCACCGUCUUACUUUGUUUAAUAAAAGAGAACAAUAAUACAAAUUUCCAUCUUUGUCUUUCAAGAAGUCUGCUUGAAUUGGGAGCUAGGAUCAAGAGUCUCUGCACAGAUUCUUCAUAAUUUCCAAAUUACCUUCUUUGCCACCGAUAGCAACCAUUUGGCGGCAUUUCAGAUACAUGACUUUUACUAAUUAGGAUAGUAUCAUAUUUUAGAAACUUCAGAAAAUACAAGAAUUUACGCAUCUUUGGGCAGAGAUCUUUUCACUAACUGCAUGUGUGUGCACGCUUCACACCAUUUCCGUGCACCGAACUUAGGUCACUAGGACCACACAAAUAAGAUGUAGCAACUGUGGAAAUAAAAACUGGGGCAGCGGUCAGACCAGAUGGAAACACAGCUGCUCAUGAGCAUUCGGACCAUUGCGAUGGAAGUUUCUGCUUCUCCUAUGAGGGUCGAUUACGUCAGCAAAGUCUGUAGUCAUGGAGUCUUUGCUUUACAGCCAUGGAU